AUGUUUUUUCUCACAGUUCUGCUGUUUUCCUACAGUAAGCCAAGGACAUACUUACAAAUAAUUCUAAAUAUCAGCCAUGAUUUUGUCUGAAGGUUUUCUUCUCUUCUUGUAGCUCAAGUCUCUUGGCAGAUUCAGAAAUCAACGAUGGAAGGCAGAGAGAUGUCCAACCCCACGCUCAGCCAUGUUCAGGGCACUUUGGAAGUAAUAAUGAACCAGAAUGUGAGCCUCUCCUGUCACUCAGACUCUGGAUCUCCACCAGUCAGAUAUACUUUGUUUAAAGGAAAACAGAAGCUAGCCACACUAAAUAGCACAGACUUGACCCCAGCUAUGUUUUACCUGACCAUCAACUCUGCCAGGGAUGCGGGUGAAUACAAAUGCAAAGCUGAGAACAGAAUCUCCAAUAAAGGAAAAUACAGCAAACCUGUCAACUUAACCCUUAUAGAGCCAGUUUCUAAGCCAGUGUUAAGCUCACCCAGUUCUCAAACAAACAAAGGACAGAAUGUGACACUCUCUUGUCUCUCAGAAAAUGGUUCUCUUCCUAUCACAUACAUAUUCUUCAGAGGAAGAAAGAACAUCUCCCACCCAAUGCGGAUGCAGAAAAAGGAAGCAGCUAUAUUUGUUUUGUUUAUCAAUUCAUCCAGUGACUUUGGAACAUAUAAAUGUAAAGCUGGAAACAGCUUUCCCAAUAGCACAAAAUAUAGCAACAGUUUCAACUUUACAUUAGCAGAGGAGAGAAGCAAUUUUCAACCAUUGCUCAUUUCUCUUGGGCUGAUCCUGCUGUUGUUAGCAAUAGGAUUUGCUCUGGCAAUUCCAUUUGUCAUUAUUCCUUCAUGUAAAGCAAAAAGAAGCAAGUCUGUUAGGUCCUCAGGUGGCCUUAUUUCAACAACAAAUGCAGAAGAGACAGAAAACUACGUCAUAUACACAGAGAUUGAGUAUGUUAAACCUGAAGAACAGUAUGCCAACUUUGCCAUCAUUAGAAAGGAAAAUGAAAAAGACAAGAGAAUCUCUGCUACAGUCUAUUCAAAGGUCGCCACAAGAGAUGGAGUACAAGCUGGACCACUCCACUCUCCAGAGUAACAUCAGUUAUCAACACAGUGAAGAGAACACUCAUCUCAUCGUACCUGAGAAGAUAUCAAUGCACUUGUUACUGCUUUUGGUGUAGAAA